AUGGGGGCUUGGGCCCUGCUGCUGUCACUGCUCAUGGCUACGGCCCAGGCCCAGGUCUGCUCUGUGGACGACACCAUCUUCGAAGUCGCAGAGAACACUAACCGGCCCGGGCCCCUGGCUGACAUCUCUGUCCCCGCGGGCCAGCAGGUGACCCUCGGACCGUCGUCCACCCCCGACGCCUUUCGGAUCCAGGGGACUCAGCUCUUUCUCAAUGUGACCCCCGACUAUGAGGAGAACACGAUGCUGGAGGCGCACCUGGAGUGCAGAAGUGGCGACACCGUGGUGACGCAGCUCAGAGUCUUUGUGUUUGUGCUGGACGUCAACGACAACCCGCCCGAGUUUCCCUUUCGAGCCAAGGUAGAGAAUGUGUCUGAGGUGAGCGAGAGGGGCCGGGGGCUUGACCACGGGGCUCAAGGGUACAGCCAGGCCACUCACUCGCUCUGCUUCCCCCAGGACGCUAAAGUGAGCACCAUUGUCAUCCCCGCGACGGGACUGGAGGCCCAGGAUCGCGACCAGGACGACAUCUUGUUCUAUACCCUCCAGGAGGUGACCCCGGGCGCCGGCAGCUUCUUCUCCCUGGUGGGCACCAACCUGCCUGCCCUGCGGCUGGACCGGCGCCUGGACUUCGAAGCGCAGCAGAGCAUGAACUUCCGGCUGCUGGUGCGGGACACGCGGGAGGAGAACGCAGAGCCCAGCCACACGGCCACGGCCACCUUGACCCUGGAGGUGCAGCCUGCUGACCUUCGGCCCCCCUGGUUCCUGCCCUGUGCCUACUCAGACCACCACGUCUGCAUCAACGCUGAGUACCAUGGUGCUGUCCCCACAGGACACCAGCUGCCAGGCCCCCUCGUGCUCCGUCCUGGACCCAUCUACGCUGUGGACGGGGAUCAGGGCAUCAACCAACAUAUCCUCUACAGCAUUGUGCGGGGACAAGAAGAUGGCACGUUUGCCAUUGGCGCUGACUCGGGCAAACUCACCAUGACCAGAGGUGUCCCCAGCCCAAAGACCUUCACUCUGGUGGUCAAGGGUGAGCAGGCAGACGGCGCCCGCUACUCGGUGACCUGGGUCAAGAUCGAGGCUCGAAAUGCCGCUGGGAGCCCGCCCUACUUCACCAAGAGCCGCUACCACGGCAUGGUGGCGCGCGGCUCUGAAGGAGGCGUGGAGGUCAAGGAUGCAACCGCCCCCUCCCUGCCUCUGAGGGUCUGGGCCCAGGACCCUGACUUUCCGGACCUCAACUCUGCCAUCGCGUACCGCGUCACCAAUAACACUGACUUCCGGAUGGAUGGCGAGACCCUGCUGACCGCCUCUCUGUUGGCCCACGAGGGGGUCUUCUAUGCAGAGGUUGAGGCCAACAACACAGUGUCGGCGGGUACAGCCCGCACGGUGGUGGAGAUCCAGGUGCUGGAGUGGGAGGAGCCCAGCCCCCCAACAGCUUCACCCAGCGGGGGCUCAACACAGACGCUGAAGCCAGGAACCUCUCGGCCGAUGCCCCCUGGGCCCAGCAGAACUCCCCAGACCUCAGGGCCAGCCCAGACUGGAGGAGGCAGCACUGCGGGGACCCCCGGGGACGGCGAGCCAGGUGUCGGUGCGGCCGGGGACCAGCGCUUCACUGUCGUGGACAUGGCAGCCCUGGGCGGGGUGCUGGGCGCACUGCUCCUUCUGGCUCUGCUCGCCCUCCUCAUCCUGGUCCACAAGCACUACGGCCAGCGGCUCAAGUGUUGCUCCGGGAAAGCUGUGGAGCGCCAGCCCCUCAGCUUUGACAAUGAGGCCUUUGACGCCCCCCAGGAGGCCAACUGGGCGCCAGCUCCCCACUCCUCCCCCGGUCUCAUGCGGGCGGCCCCGGAGCCCGCGGAGACCCCAGAGCCUGCGAUCCUGGAGCCCCCCAGCACCACGACCCUGCGUCCAGCCUCAGAGUCCCCCGAGCUGACCCGCGAUGGAGGCAGCCCAGCGGCCGUGAGGUCCAUCCUGACCAAGGAGCGGCGACCUGAGGGCGGCUACAAGGCGGUGUGGUUCGGGGAGGACAUUGGGGCUGAGGCCGACGUGGUGGUCCUCAACACGCCCGCCUCGGACGCGGCUGGCGCCAUCGAUUCUGGCAGCGAGGCCAGCAGCGACGAGGACGCAGAUGCCGGUCCCCACGCCGAUGACACGCCUAGCACUGGCUCCUCCUACAUCUAGCUCGGCUCCCUGCCUCCCCCGUGGGCAGGACCUGAUGUCUGCUGGCCGCUGGCCCCCACUCCAAUGCGCACAAUA